AGCAGGUCAGGAGUCCUAGGCCCAGCUUUUACUUGGAAUGUCUGGCAGGCUCACACGUGUGUCUGCAAAGCAGGCUUUGCAGAUCUGGGGAUGGAAAGGUGCCCUAAGAGGCCUGGAGAGCGUCAUCAAAACUACACCCACGGCUGCAAACACGAAAUCCAAUGCUUUCCUCCUCGGCCCCUCCCCUGCAUUGCGCCACGCACCGCACGAGGAUCCCGGAACACCCCACGGCCAGAGCAGGUUGGUGUUUGGAAUGCUGUAUCCUGCAUAUUAUUCAUACAAAGCUGUGAAAUCAAAAAAUGUGAAGGAAUAUGUUCGAUGGAUGAUGUACUGGAUUGUUUUUGCUCUCUACACUGUGAUUGAAACAGUAGCAGAUCAGACAGUUGCUUGGUUCCCCCUGUACUAUGAACUUAAGAUUGCUUUUGUCAUAUGGCUGCUCUCUCCCUAUACCAAAGGAGCAAGUUUAAUAUAUAGAAAAUUCCUUCAUCCACUUCUUUCUUCAAAGGAAAGGGAGAUUGAUGAUUAUAUUGUACAAGCAAAAGAACGAGGCUAUGAGACGAUGGUAAACUUUGGACGACAAGGUUUAAACUUGGCAGCUACUGCCGCGGUUACUGCAGCAGUGAAGAGCCAAGGGGCGAUCACUGAGCGACUGCGGAGUUUCAGCAUGCACGACCUGACAGCCAUCCCCGGGGAGGAGCACGUGAGGCAGAGACCAUUCCAGCCUCCACCAGAGACAAAAAAGAAAAGUAAAGCCGCCUCCAGUGAGUCGGCAGGUUACGGAAUUCCACUGAAAGACGGAGAUGAGAAAACAGAUGAAGAGGCGGAUGGGCCGUUUUCAGAUGAUGAGAUGUUAACACACAAAGGGCUUCGAAGAUCGCAAAGCAUGAAAUCUGUGAAAACCAUGAAAGUUCGCAAAGAGGUGCGGUAUGGGUCACUAAAAUACAAAGUGAAGAAGAGACCGCAGGUGUAUUUUUAAUCAUGUGCGCUUCAAGUAUCCCAAGACAAAUUAUGCUAAUGCAUCAACUUUUUUUCCUAACAUUAUGUUCAGGAUUUACAUAUUAAAGUAAUCCUUUAGAUUGUGGCGGUGGUAGGGUUUACUUUUGUUAAUUUAAAUAAUUUUUAUUUCUUUAACAAUUACUUUUAAAUCUUGACUACUAAAGGUAGUUAUGCAAUACAUAUAUAUAUCAGAAAGAAUAGAAAAUUGUGUUAAUCUGUUUUCAAAUUCAUCAACAACAUCAAGUGCCUGGGAUUUAAGAGGAAACACAAACCCAGUAUACUUGAAAAAAGUCGUCUUAUGGUUCAAGAUCCAUCGGCCUUUGUGGUAUUGUAUUGUUUACCUCCAUUUAUGUUAUAGCUAUCACACGAGGAUAGUCAUUAAAUAGGCCUCUGAUCCAGCAGUGAUAGCACAAGGGCAUAAUGUGAGAUAAAGUAUGUUUUAUAUAUUCUUUAAAAUUUUUACUUUUUUUAAACACUUUAUAGUUUUUCCACCAUCAACUGAAAGUUUUCAAAACAAAUAUUUGAAAACCAGGUAUCCACAUAGCACUUUUAUUCCUGACUAGUUUUGCACACUUGAAAAUUGUUUACUUUUUUUAUGACUGUACAUUUUAAGUUUUACUGACACUAUCUUUAUUAUUUGUUGGAUUCUGAUAUUUCAAAUUUAUGCCUUAAAUGAUGUCAUCUUUUUUCCUGUGGGUUUCAUUUGUUAAAUUUGCUUGAUUUUAUUAGUAGAAAAAUAUAACUAAUUGUUCUUAUCUCAUUUAAAGAUAAGAAAUUAUCUUAAUUAUUAGUUUUCUGUAUUUAGCUGUACAUUGUAGUUGAACUCAGCAUGUUUUUUAUUAACACUGGUUACAUUCUCAGAUUUUAAAAGUAGUAGCUUUUAUGAAAUAGAGUCAGAGACCAGUAUAGCACUUAGGUUUCUUCUAACUAAUGAAAAUAUCUAGCCAAUCCAUUCACAAGCUUGGCACUUAUAUGUGCUUCUGAUGAAUAAAUCUGGCAUUAACUAAAA